CUUCAGCAGCUGAUGACCGUGAACAUGUGUUUAUAAGCAGUACAAGUAGAAACCGGGGUCUGUAGCUUUUUUAAGUUCGCGAAAUCGUCAACCUUUACAUUUUUUUUUGCAUCAAAAUAAUGAGCUAUAGGAAACUAAAUGAGGACACGGGCAGCCCGGUGCAGGAUCUGGGGUCGCCCGUGCGACACGUGUGGAAUACCAACCUGUACCAGCUGCAGCAGGAGGCGCCCAGCCCCAGGCCCGUGGCGUGCGCGCGGCAGCCGCCCGGCUGCCCUCCGUGCUACGGCCGGGAGUUCCACGGCACGCUGGCGCAGCGCGAGGCGGCCGCGCUGCUCGACCAGGACGGCUCCUUCCUCGUCCGCAGGAGCUCGGCCGCCGACAGCGACUUCUACACCCUGUCGCUCAGGUUCGGGGGCCAGGUGAAGCACUACAAGCUGUACUACGACGGCCAGCACUACGUCAAGGACAAGCGCUUCGACUCGGUGCGGGAGCUGGUGGCCGACGGCCUCGUCACGCUCUACAUCGAGGAGAAGGCGGGCGCCUUCGUGCAGCAGAUGCCCUCCGUCAGCUCCUACGAGAAGAGCCCCUACAUGACCCUCAACCGGCUCAAGCGACGCGCCGUCAUCGCGCGCUCCCUGCGCAAGUCCGCCGACGACAGGCCGGAGCUGUCGAGCACGUACAGCCUGCUGGACGCAGAGCGGGAGGCCACCCAGCUGCCGCCCGCCGCUGCAGCCGCCGCCGCCUACGACCGCCCGCACAACUUCCGCGUGCACACCUUCAAGGGCCUCAACUGGUGCGAGUUCUGCGGCAACUUCCUGUGGGGCUUCACCGCGCAGGGCGUCAAGUGUGAAGACUGCGGCUUCAGCGCGCACAGCAAGUGCUCGGAGAAGGUGCCGUGCGACUGCUGCCCCGACCUGAAGCAGCUGCGCGGGGUGUUUGGCAUCGACCUGACCACGCUGGUGAAGGCCCACCGCUCCCCGCGCCCAUUCGUCGUCGACAAGUGCGUGGAGGAGAUGGAGCGGCGCGGGCUGGAGGCGGAGGGCCUGUACCGCGUGUCCGGCUUCGCGGAGGAGAUCGAGACGCUCAAGAUGGCUCUGGACAGAGACGGGGAGCAGACGGACAUGAGCCCCGAGGUGUACGACAACAUCAACGUGAUUGCGGGCACCUUGAAGCUGUACCUGCGGCUGCUGCCCAUCCCGCUCAUCACCUUCGACGCCCACCCGGCGCUCAUCAGCGCAGCGCGUACGUACGCAUUCGCUACACUCGCUCAGUGCAAGUGCGUGGAGGACCAGAAGAAGGGCAUCAGGGACGCGCUGACGCUGCUGCCGCCAGCGCACCUCGGCACCCUCAAGUACCUCAUGGAGCACCUCGGCAGGGUGGCGGAGCGGCACAGCGUCAACAAGAUGACGUCGCACAACCUGAGCACGGUGUUCGCGCCCACGCUCAUGCCCCCGCCGCGAGACCUCAGCAAGUGCGUGGGCCUGCCGGGCAUGACCUACGAGAUCUGCGCCCUGGAGACCAUGAUCUCGCACCAGCGCGAGGUGUUCAGCUGAGGCCCGCCGGCAGGCUGCUGGCAGCGCUCGUGCGUGUGAGCACGCCCGGCCGUGCGGCCUCGGCUAGGAGCAGACCUGCCAGACCCGACUGUCCCCGCCGUAACCCUGUCUUCGUCCCUCGUCUUCGUUGCUCCGCGACGCGCUUUGCCAGAGUCCGCCAGACACGACGUGUAGUCGCAGCUGCGCGGAGCUCUCUCCGGCCCGAACAGUCGUUGUAUCCGCUCUCUGUUCGCUGUGCUGCUUGCCUGUCGCCGACACUUCUCUUUCGUCUGCGGGGGCUCUUUGCGAAUCGCUUGUUGGAUUGGCAUUUUCCCCGGAGUAACCGGAGCACCAACUGCCUGUAUGCGUCUCGGUGAACUGCAUGUCUCAGGAUGUGGAGUGCUGUAGAUUUCUGCGAUUCCAGAUCACAUUAUCGUGGCUUCUCUCUGCACGAGUUACCUGCAGGAUGUGCAGGUCGUAAAAUGACGUGGAUUUUAGGGAAGGAGAGAAAGAAAGGGAGCUGUUUGGGAAAUUUUCACAUUAAUCUUUAUUGUCUAAUAGUGCAGUAUAUCCUGUUAUUUCCUUCGGAAUCAAAGGGCUCAGAGAGUCAGUAUCAGAGUUGAUAGUGAUUGGAGUUGUAAGAGACACUGGUUCGUCCUCUCUCGCUCGAGCGGAGAGCUGGUCAAAAUGUAGACACCUCUCGUCUUUCUUCACGGCCACACACAUUCCAAGGCUGGAUGCGUUAUCUCGUAAAGGAACCAGACGCGACUAACUUCAUCGCUUGGUGCAAAAAACACAAGACAUUGUCUUAAGGGCGCCGUCUGCCCGGGCACACAUAUGGUGCGCGGAUCUUCAGGAAAAACAACGCGAUUUCAAUACUCAAGAUAUCCUAGUGGGGUCUCCUUACAAAAAGCACUUAAGAAUUCACUGAGGGCCAAAAAGUACUUUUGAUUUCGGAUUAAGUCUUUUAAACUGUGGUUUUAGAAGAGUGUAAAGGGCUAAAAGGCAUGUUUCAGAGUAAUUUUUAGGCGUAGAACUGGUACAGAUUCUUGAAAGCACUUAAAGGAACUUGCAUUGCACCUUUAUCUUCAUUUCUCCGCCAUAUAAUGUUAAGAUCACCGCUCAAAUUUCACAGUUUCCCUGUAACGAGAAGACCGUGCCAGAAAUACCGAAUGAGUGUCGCACUUAUCACCCCGACCAGAUGGCGCCCUUAAUAGUUGGUUCCAUGUUAAGAUACACAUCUUCACUGCAUGCUAGCGUAAAUAAAACAAUAUUUGUGAACAGAGAAAUUUAUGUAAGUAGAUUGGAUCUCUGAUAAUGUGUCCACUCAGACAUAUCAAUAACAUGCAGUAGGCUGACAAUGAGCUUGUUGAUAUUCUUAUGUAAAUGGUACAAGUUCUUUAUUAUAUGCAAUGAAAUGCUAAGCUAAUUAAGGUAGUCAACAGUGCAGGCUGAUUAUGCAGAUGAAUAUUUUAGUAGAUAAAUUUUGUGUUCUUUUUCAAUUGAUCUUAAAUAGACUUUCAAAAUGCAAGGAUAGUGAAAAAGAGACACAUUUAUGCUUGUCAUUGCAUGAGGCUACAGUGAAGUGAUGCAAAGUGCAGAAAAGUGCAUGUUGUUAGGGAUAGGUGUGGUGUAAAAAUGGAGUUCGACCGUAUUUGUAGUGAAGUACGAGCUUAUCUAGGAUAGCAGACAUCCUCUGUGAUUGCCCCAUACAGUGUGUUUGGAAGUCGACACUUACGCCUCUGGAGAAUAGUGUUACCUGCAAGUUGUGUGUUUGUUGGCCCUACAAAUAUUUUUUUUUCCAGUACAAAUUUUGAGUACAGUAUUGUGUGUGUUGGUGUUUUCAAUUGCAAGUUGUUAUUUUGAACAAUUUACUUUUUUUUUAUAUAUGUAUAUUUGUGAUCAGUAAUAUUUUUAGCAUGUGCGUGUGAAAUGGGUUACAACUCUACAAAUAUUCCAUUUUCAGUUGAACAUUCCUUUGCAUAUGCCUUUUGCCAGCUGUGGUGUGUCAGCUUCCUUGCUGCAUUUUAAUCAUCUGUUUUUUUUUGAUGAUUCAAUAAGGUAUUUUUGAUCUAAAUCCAAACAUAUCAUCCUUUACAAACUAUUUUGAGUUUGUAUGGUUUGUAUAGUUUAUGCUAUCCCGUAUCCUUUAUAAUUUACCAAUGUAAUAGGUAUUGAAUGACCCUAGUUUUAUUUGAGUAUCCACUCAUAAUUGUUGACAUUUUAAAGGAUAUGUAAGUAUUUAAUUUGAUUUAGUUAGUUUUAAUUAUUUUAAACAAAGUGAACAUAUCACAAAGCAAAAACUGUGGUGUUUGUGUACAUUGUUUUAUAGAUUUUGUUUUAAAUUUAAGACUAAUCACCAAAGACAUUAAUUUUAGAACAUUUUUAAGCACAUUAUAAACCUAAAGUGCAAUAAAAAUCCUUUGUAAUUUAA